GGACCCAAAAGAAAUACUGCUAAAACUAUACUAUCGAAGUACACUUUAUCCUUCGCUUCAUUUCUCGUUCUUCUUCCUUUCUUUUCAAAGAUUGCAACACAUCACCACUCCAAAAAGUCGAAUGACAUGUCGUCUAAGCGAAGUCACACGACGGAGCUCGGCUGCAUAGCCAGCGAGGAGCUAACCGACCUCGGUGCAGGCAAGGAAGGAUGGCUCGUUGAAAACCCGAACCUUCUAUGCGCUCUAGACACUCACUCUCUCGCUCUUGCAAAUCGGUCUUUAAUUUUGAUCACCGGGUGGGACGAUGGGCCCCGUAUCAAGAUCCGACCCGAGUUGUCCCCAAUCGAAUCGGAAAUCAUUUCCGCUCUAGAAUGGCUAGUGUUUGACGAGAUUAAAGUGAUCGCAGUUGGCACUUCACGUGGGUAUUUCAUGGUUUAUUCAUUGGAUGGUCUUUUAAUACAUAGACAGUUGGUGUAUCCUGGGCGUAUAUUGAAAUUAAGAGUCCGUGGAACUAAGAAAGAUAUGAUGAGUAGUCAUGAGGGGUCCAGUGAGGAGGUUUCGGUUGUUAUUCCAGGCGUCAUUGCGCGUUUCGAUGGCGUUGAGAUUCGGAAUAUAUUGCAAGAGUGGUUUCAAGAAACGAAUUCGCAUUUCUGGGAUGAAAAGUCCAAAAGGAGAGAUUACGAGGAGCUAGGAAAUGGUUUUAAGAGAUUGCCUCAUCAGUUGUGGAGUGUUGAUAAAUUUGGGUUGUGUGCUGAUGCAGCUAUCACUGGAAUAAUGCCUCCUCCGCUAAUGGAAAUUCAGUCAAGUCAACGUUACUAUCGUGCAGUCACAAUUGGAGAGGAUGCUGUGAUUUCAGCUUAUAGGCUUUCAGAAGACAGAAGCAGGUCUUUGGUGGGAGCUAUUUUGUCAAAAGUUGUGCCCGCAGCAUUCUCAACUAUAUCUUCUGUUUCUAAAAUGAUAUGGCGGAGUGAACGAACGCCAACCAAAAAAUCAGAAGUAAAGCCCCAAUCAUUUGCUAAAGCUUCUCCCUUAACAUGUUUGAAGGAUCACCCAAGGAAAGGUGAGAAGCUCACAUUAUCACCUAGUGGAACAUUGGCUGCAAUUACAGAUUCACUUGGUCGUAUAUUGUUAUUGGACACUCAGGCACUGGUGGUUGUGCGACUAUGGAAGGGAUAUCGUGAUGCUAACUGUCUGUUUAUGGAGAUGCUAGUUAGCAUGAACAGUGCGGGGGCAAGUUCCUCUCACCACGAACCAUCAAAGAGUGAUUAUUGCCUCUGUCUAGCAAUUCAUGCACCUCGGAAAGGGAUCAUUGAGGUCUGGCAGAUGAGAACUGGACCACGUUUGCUAACGAUUCAAUGUGCUAAGGGUAGUAAAUUACUGCAACCAACAUACAGGUUUGGAUCAUCAUUGGACUCUCCAUAUGUUCCUCUAGAAGUUUUCUUAUUGAACGGAGACUCAGGUCAAUUGUCAGUUUUAAACCGUUCUCUUAGCUGAAUUGGUAAAUCAUUUUCUUUCUUCAGCAUUGUACCCUUUUAUUUGGUGUAUGAUAACCGAGAUAAUUUCUUCUGCAUCCUUCUAUUUUCUUCAGAAUAUAUGUACAUAACUAACUAAUUAAAAGUUUUGCCAGAAGAAAAAAAAGUAGAAAUGUCAGACCUCUGAGAAGAAAUUUCUCCUGGCUAAUGAAUUUUUUUAUGGCCCUGUAAGAAGCGUGUGAAAACAAGUCCGAGAGCAGGCAGGAAGCACCUAGUUUUUGUUAGGAAAACGAUUGAUAAAGAAACUUCAUUAAAACUGUAUACAAGCUAUGUACAGAUGAUAAAUGGCCAUGGAAAGUUUUUUCUGUUCA